AUGGCCGCCGUUGCUACCCGUGCCCUCGCCUCCGCGCCGGUUGCCUUCGAGGCUACCCGCCAACGCCUUGUCGCCGGCAAGGCCCUGCGCUCCGCUGUCCCUGCCGUCACUGCUGUGCGCGGCCAGAGGCUCGUUGCUCGUGCAAGCCUUGAGAAGCCCCCUCGCCAGACCUACUUCGCCUCCCCCCAGUCCCUGAGCUACCUCGAUGGGACCCUCCCCGGCGACUUCGGCUUCGACCCCCUUGGCCUGUCCGACCCUGAGGGUGCCGGUAACUUCAUCGACCCCAAGUGGCUCACCUACGGCGAGCUGAUCAACGGCCGCUGGGCUAUGCUCGGUGUUGCCGGCAUGAUCGCUCCCGAGAUCCUCGGCAGCUACGGCAUUGGCCCCAAGAUUGUGUGGUUCCAGUCCGGUGUGAUUCCCCCUCUUGGCGGCUACGAGUACUGGGCCGAUCCCUAUGCUCUGUUCGUCCUCGAGAUCGUCCUGAUCGGCUUCGCCGAGCACAGAAGAGCUCAGGACUACUACAAGCCCGGCUAUGGCUCCAAGCAGUACCUGCUGGGUCUUGAGAAGGUUCUCGGCGGCUCCGGCGACCCCAUCUACCCCGGCGGCCCGGUCUUCAACUUCGCUGGCCUGGGCAAGACUGAGGCGGAGAUGUUCACCUACAAGACGAAGGAGGUCAGGAACUCCCGCCUUGCCAUGCUCGCUGCCCUCGGCUUCUUCUUCCAGGCGUGGAUCACCGGCGUGGGCCCCUUGCUGCUGAUAAUGGCGUCUAUUGGCACACUGGCAACCACGCCUGCGACACUCCGUCCCCUGCACCUCGGAUCUAGGGCGAGCAGGAUUCCAGUUCAAGCAUGCAGAGGGGCCAGAAUAGUCGCCAGAGCAAGCCCGAAUAAGGAUGAUCGGCCAACCUGGUUCGCUUCAUCCCAGUCGCUGACUUACCUUGACGGAAGCCCGUCUUCGUUCCGCCGUCGCAGCCUGCCAGGCGACUACGGGUUCGAUCCGCUCGGCCUGUCGGACCCGGAGGGGGCGGGCGCGUUCGUGUGCCCCCGAUGGCUGGCGUACGCGGAGGUGGUGCACGCGCGGUGGGCCAUGCUGGGCGCGCUGGGGAUGGUCGCGCCGGAGAUGCUGGGCGAUCUGGGCGUCAUCCCCGCGCGCACGGGCGUCGAGUGGUUCCGCUCGGGCGUCAUUCCGCCGCUCGGCGCGUUCGACUACUGGGCUGACCCCUACGCGCUCUUCGUCGCGCAGGCGGCGCUGCUGGCAUUCGCGGAGCACCGGCGCGCGCAGGACUACUACGACUCGUUUGAUGCGUCCGCGAUGUCCGCUGGGUGCGAUCAUCCUCACGCGCAGCUCAUCCCACGCCGUCCGUCCUUCCCCCUCGUGUCGCGCGUCCUGGCAGCGCCCGGCUACGGCGCGGCGACGCCAUUUUUCGGCCUCGAGCGGCUGCUGGGCGGCUCCAAGCGCCCCGCGUAUCCCGGCGGGCCGUUCUUCAACUUCGCGCGCCUUGGACGCUCCAGGGCGGAGAUGCGCGCGCUGCGCACGGCGGAGUUGAAGCACGGGCGCGUGGCGAUGGCGGCGUGCGCGGGAUAUUUCGCGCAGGCGGCGGUGACGGGGAGCGGGCCGUGGCGCAACGUGGUGGAACACGUCGCGGAUCCCGCGGGCCACAACCUGCUGGCGCUCGUGGGGCUGCUGUGA